CGGCCGAGGGAGGGAGGGAGGUAGGGAGGGAGCGGCGUUUGUUGGCUCAACAAUGGAGGCGUCUCCGGCCGGACCGGGGCCCUCUUUGGCCGCUCCGGCGGCAGUGCUAGUAGCAUCGGCGGCGGCGGGCGGGGAGAACGAGGCGGAGAGCCGCCAAGGCCCGUCGGACUGCCGCCUCAACCUGUUGGACACUUGCGGGGUGUGCGGGCAACACAUCCAGAGCCGGCGGCCCAAGCUGCUGCCUUGCCUGCACUCGCUGUGCCUGCGCUGCCUGCCCCCGCCCCACCGCUACCUCAUGCUGCCGCCCCCCUCCUCGGGCCCUUCGCCCGGGAACAGCGGAGCCAAGGACCCUCCGCCGCUGCCUCCGCCGCCGCCGCUGCUGCUCCAGCCCUCGCCGGCCCCCUCCUCCUCCUCCUCCUCGUCGCCAGUCUCCGCGCCGCCCUCGCCGCUCCACUGCAACCCGGUUGGUGUUGUUCGUUGCCCAAUUUGUGGCCAGGAGUGUGCAGAAAGACAUAUUAUUGAUAACAUCUUUGUGAAAGAUACUGCUGAAGUUCCCAGUAGCACAGUGGAGAAGUCAAAUCAGGUUUGUACAAGCUGUGAAGACAAUGCAGAAGCCAAUGGUUUUUGUGUGGAGUGUGUUGAGUGGCUAUGUAAAACCUGCAUCCGAGCUCAUCAGCGGGUGAAAUUCACAAAGGACCAUACAGUCAGACAGAAAGAGGAGGUGUCUCCAGAGGCUGUUGGUGUAACUAGUCAGAGGCCUGUAUUUUGUCCUUACCACAAAAAGGAGCAGCUGAAGCUCUAUUGUGAAACAUGUGAUAAGUUGACAUGCCGAGAUUGCCAGUUGCUGGAACACAAAGAACACAGAUACCAGUUUAUAGAAGAAGCUUUUCAGAAUCAAAAAGUGAUAAUUGAUACACUUGUUACAAAGCUGAUGGAGAAAAACAAAUAUAUAAAAUAUACAGGGGAACAAAUUCAAAACAGGAUCCAUGAAGUUAAUCGGAAUCAAAAGCUGGUGGAACAGGAUAUUAAAGUUGCUAUUUUCACUUUGAUGGUAGAAAUAAAUAAAAAGGGGAAAGCUCUACUGCAUCAGCUUGAGUGUCUAGCCAAAGAACACCGAGCAAAGCUUCUGCAGCAGCAGCAGGAAGUGGCUGGUCUUUCUAAGCAACUAGAACAUGUCAUGAAUUUUUCUAAAUGGGCAGUCUCCAGUGGUAGCAGCACUGCAUUACUUUACAGCAAACGCCUGAUUACAUAUCGUUUACGAUACCUCCUUAGAGCAAGGUGUGAUGCCUUACCAGUAUCUAAUGCCACUGUCCAGUUUCACUGUGAUCCUGGUUUCUGGGCACAAAAUAUCUUCAAUUUAGGUUCUUUGGUAAUUGAAGAUAAUGAGAUCCCACCACACAUGCCUAAAAGCCCUGUGAUGGAACCAAACAUGCAGCCACAAAGUGGCUUACCUUCAAAUCAACUAUCCAAGUUCCCAACACAGAUAAGUUUAGCUCAACUGCGACUUCAGCACAUGCAGCAGCAGGUCCUUGCUCAGAGGCAGCAGGCUCAACGGAGGGCAGGUCCAGUGGGGCUCCCAAAUCCUAGAAUUGCAGGGCCCAUGCACCAGACUCCUCCUCCACCUCCUCAUCCACCUCCACCUCUUCCUCCUCCUCCUCCUCAGCAGCCACCUCCACGUUUAGUUAACUUCCAGAAUAACAUGAAAUCCAAUGGCUCAGUCCCUCUGGUUCAGCCAGUGAGGUUUCCUCAAAACCAGAAUAUACCACACUCAGCUAUAAGGCCCAAUCCAUUGCAGAUGGCAUUUUUGGCACAGCAAGCUAUUAAACAGUGGCAGAUCAAUAGUGGACAUGUUGCUGCUGUUCCCUCAAAUGCCAGCAGUACAACAUCAACUCCUUCCAGUCCCACCAUUAAUAGUGCUUCUGGAUUUGAUGGGAAGACUUUUGCUCCACCCAUGAUUGAUCUGACAUCAGCAAUGGGUGGCUCCUAUACACUUCCUUCUCUUCCUGAUAUUGACUGUUCAGCAAAUAUUUCACUGGAAAACAUGGGGAGGAGAGAGAGUAUUAUGGAGCAGAGCCAGCCCAAAACUCCUUCACGGAAAACUGUACAGUCUCCAAAUUCAUCAGUGCCAUCUCCAGGCCUUUCAGGACUGGUUACGGUCUCUGGUAUGCAUCCUCCAGUUCGUUCACCCAGUGCCUCUAGUGUUGGAAGCAGAGGCAGCUCUGGCUCCUCUAGCAGACCAUCAGGUGCUGAUUCAACCCAGAAAGUCCCCGUGGUCAUGUUAGAGCCAAUCAGAAUAAAACAAGAGUCUGGCAUACCAAGUGAGAACUAUGAUUUCCCAGUUGUAAUAGUGAAGCAAGAAACAGAAGAGUCCCGGAAUCGAAAUUCCAGAUUUCCAGGUACCAUGCUUACGUCAUUGUUGUUGAAUAGCAACCGCUCCUCGGAAGUAACAGUUUUGAGAACUGAAGCACCAGACAGUACAGGUGACCAGCCAUCCAGUGGCAAGACAGGAUGGAUAGGGACUACCCAUGUUGGAGACAGUAGGAAAGAUGAUGACCCCAAUGAAGACUGGUGUGCAGUAUGUCAAAAUGGAGGAGAACUUUUGUGCUGUGAUAAAUGUCCUAAAGUGUUUCACCUUUCUUGCCAUGUUCCCACACUCAGGAAUUUUCCAAGUGGAGAAUGGAUUUGUACAUUUUGCCGUGAUUUAUCUAAUCCAGAAAUGGAAUACGAUUGUGAUGGCUCAAGUAAUAUAUCUGAGGAAAAAAGAAAACUGGACAGCAAUAUGGCAUUGUCACCUACUGAUCGGAGGAAGUGUGAAAGACUGCUGCUGUAUCUUUACUGCCAUGAAAUGAGCCUUCCUUUUCAAGAUCCAGUCCCUCCCAUGGUGCCUGACUACUACAAAAUAAUUAAAAAGCCAAUGGACCUAUCAACGAUCAAAAAUAGACUGCAGAUGCAUCACCCAUUAUACACAAAACUAGAAGAUGUUGUGGCUGAUUUCAGACUGAUCUUUCAGAAUUGUGCAGAAUUUAAUGAGCCGGAUUCCGAAGUGGCUGAUGCUGGUAUGAAACUCGAAGUCUACUUUGAAGAACUUCUGAAGAACAUUUUCCCUGAGAUGAAAUUCCCUGCUCAGCCUUACUACUGUGCUAGUCCAAACAUAUCAGAUGAUUCAGAUGAUGACUUUGUGCAACCCCGAAAAAAACGCCUCAAAUGGGAAGAGCGACAUUUUUUAAAAUGAACUGGUUAUAUGUCCUGCUAAGAAUUUUUUACUUAGAUAUUUAUCAGCAUUCAUUUUCUGGACUUUUUU